UCCCCAUUCAAUUUCGUCACGCUUGCCUUUUACUUCCACCUUCAGGCCGGGUGUAACACGCACCCGUGCCCAUUUGCACGGAUACAGCAUAUUCUUGGCCACUGACAGUCAUUGUCAUCAUUCAAAUAGGCUCAACAAGGGCGAUGCCCAUGAAAACGACUACUCACACUCUUUCCGAUUGAUCCUUCAUUCUCGUUUCUAGCUAUGGCUUCGACGUCAUCUCCAAGAUCGAAAAGCUCACCCUCCAACAAACUGCUCAAUGCAUAUCAACUGGGCGACUGCCUCGGGAAGGGCGCGUUUGGUCAAGUCUAUCGUGCUCUCAAUUGGGCCACGGGAGAAACAGUUGCGAUUAAGGAGAUACAAUUGAGCAACAUUCCUAAGAGUGAGAUUGGGCAAAUAAUGUCCGAAAUCGAUCUGCUCAAGAACCUGAUUCAUCCGAAUAUCGUAAAGUACAAGGGUUUCGAGAAGACGCGAGAAUACCUCUAUAUCAUUUUGGAAUUCUGCGAGAAUGGAUCGUUACACAACAUUUGCAAGAGGUUUGGCAAAUUCCCAGAGCAACUCGUUGCAGUGUACAUUUCACAAGUCCUUGAAGGACUCGUAUACUUGCAUGACCAGGGUGUCAUUCACCGCGAUAUCAAAGGUGCUAACAUCCUCACGAACAAGGACGGCUGUGUCAAGCUUGCGGACUUUGGUGUCGCAAGUAGCACCGCUGCAGGUGCCGUUCGCGAUGAUGCUGUCGUGGGAAGUCCAUACUGGAUGGCUCCGGAGGUCAUUGAACAAUCGGGAGCGACAACCGCAUCCGAUAUCUGGAGUGUUGGCUGUACGGUCAUUGAACUGUUGGAAGGCAAACCUCCAUACCAUUUCCUUGAUCCUAUGCCCGCCCUCUUUCGAAUCGUUCAGGAUGACAAUCCACCAAUACCGGAAGGUGCUUCUCCAAUCGUCAAAGACUUCUUGUAUCACUGUUUCCAGAAAGACUGUAACCUCCGGAUAUCAGCCAAGAAGCUUUUGAAACAUCCGUGGAUGGUAUCUGCAAGAAAGCAAAUGGUACAGCCUCCGAGUCAAGGACCUGUGACGUCAAGAGGUGAAGCUGCCAAUGGACGUCCAUUGAGUAACUAUAACUACGACGAGGCAGUGCAGAGGGUACAAGAGUGGAAUGAAGCCCUGAAGUCUCCGUCUAAACCUUCUAAGCAUCCUCAACGAAACCGGGAAUCCAAUUCUAAACGCCCGAGCUCCCCAGCUCUUCAACCGCUUGACUUUGGCUCACCGGUACCACCUUCGUCUCUUCCCUCGCAACCGUCACAGACCUCGAUAGCUUCCACUUCGGCAUGGAAGCCUGUUUCUGCUCCACAUGUGAAGGUUUCAGCCCCUUCAGCUCCUCUUACGCAUAUUCGGGAGACCCUCCCUAUGCCAUUCAUCUUACAGCCACCUGAAGAACAGACUGAUAACUGGGACGAUGACUUCGAAGAGGGGAUUUCAUUCUCAAAGUUACAGGCGUUGGAGAAGACGUCAGCAGAAGAUGACAAAUUGGAGGUUGAUGAUAACAACGCUCAGACCAUUCGUCCAUCGCGAAGUCCUGUUAAUCCGGGGAAGAACGUACCCCUUCCUGUGGCCAAGGCCCCGUCUCCUAGUAUUUCACCUAUUGUCGAAGACUAUUCUGAUCUCGCGUUUGACGAGGACGAUGAUAAAUUACAGGAGAAGGUUGCUGACUUCAAGUUGAAGAAUUCCUUCCGCCGAGGGCUCUUCCACCCUGACGACAUCAAGACGAUUGGCCUUGCUCCUGCGUCGCCAGGUCCAAAAACCGCGCCUCUUCCAGCUCUCACACGCAGAAAGUCACGACCUUCACUCAACCAUAUUUCGUCGUCACCAGGACCGAGUUCUGGACAUGCUCGAACGUCGUCGUACACAGGUCCGACCAAUGGUUCGUAUGGGCGGUCUGAGGCUAGACGAUUGCAUAGCCAACCUGAGUUUGGUAAGUAUGCUGAGGAUGAAGAUGAUGAGGAUUACGAUGAUAUCUUCGGGAAGCCUCCGAGUGGAACAAGCUCCCAACCCAUGCAAACACUACAGCUCAAUACCCGCUUGUCAAACAAAUCAUGGCUUGGCGACGAGGACGAUGAAGAAGAUCCAUUUGCGGAGAUUGACGAAGGCUUCGCCGAAGAGGAUCUGGAAUCCAACCUUCAGCGAGACAAAUAUGCUCGCCUCUGUAACACUGUCAAUACACUCAUCGACGAGUUAACACCAUCAGCACCAGACUUCCAACUUCGUGAAGCCUGUGAUCAAUUGUAUGUCCAGCUCAAUAUCAUCAUGGACACCCCAGAAAUGCAGUCACAGCUGGUCUCCGCACAUGGGAUGCUAGCCAUUCUGGAAGUUUUGGAAGGCAGGUCGUCUCGGGAGGUGAACUACAAGCUUCUCCAAAUCAUCAAUGUGCUGGUCACGGAGGAUAUGGCCUUUUUGGAGAGUUUCUGCCUAAUUGGCGGGAUUCCGGUGAUCAUGGGGUUCACGUCCAAAAAGUAUCCUUCGGAAUGUCGUUUGGAAGCUUCAAAGUUCAUUCAGCUCCUGUGUCAUGCAUCUGUACUCACGUUGCAGAUGUUCAUUUCGUGUCGAGGCUUGAAGGUAUUGGUUGAUUUGCUGGACGAAGACUACGCGGAACAAACCGAACUUGUCGUACAUGCCCUCAACGGGAUCGGCAGCGUGUUUGAACUACAGAGCCCAACUACCAAGAAUGAUUUCUGUAGGAUGUUCAUUCGAGAGGGCCUCUUGGAUCCGUUAUCGUCUGCACUGCUCAACAUCAUGACUAGCCGUGGCGAAUCAGCUGCUGAAAUGAACCAGAAGAUUAUUCAGAUCAUACUUGUAUUCUGUCAAGUUUCACAGUCGGAUAUCCAUGUCCGCCAGGCUCUUGGUACUAGGAAAGUUGUGCGACGUUUGCUUAGGGCGUGCGAGUUGCUUGAGCCCCAAUAUGUGGUGCACAUGCUGAAGGCAGUCAAGCACCUUUCCAUGAAUGCUACACUAUUGGAGGUCCUACAAAACGCUAAUGCGAUUGAGAUCCUCGUCAAGAUUUUAGACGAACAGAGUUCGGGACCUCACAGCGCUGAAAUCUCAAAUCACGUCUUCCAGACGUGCUAUAAUCUCUGCCGGCUGAACAAGUCCAGGCAGGAAGAGGCCGCUCAAGCUGGUAUCAUACCUAGCUUGAAGCGAGUUAUUGACUCGCCUUCACCGCUGAAGCAGUUCGCACUUCCAAUCUUUUGCGAUCUCGCCAGUGCCGGAAAGAGCUGUCGCAUCUUGCUAUGGCAGCAUGACGGUCUUCAAAUGUACCUGCGGUUGCUGGAUGACCCUUACUUCCAGGUUAGCGCGCUGGAAGCUAUACUAUCCUGGCUGCAAGAUGAGACGGCACGUGUUGAGGACGAACUCCGCAAGCCGGCCGCUUUGGAUGCUCUGUUGCGUUGCUUCGUUUCAGCGAAAGCCAACUCUUUCGAGAAUCUUUUGGAUCCGUUCCUCAAAAUUACUCGUAUCUCCAACCUUAUCACAAUAGGUAUUGCGAAGUCCCAAUUUAUCAACCGCAUCAUCGAGAAAUUGGGCCACAACAAGGCUGUUGUCCGACUGAACCUUCUGCGUAUCCUACGAGCGCUUUGUGACGUUCAUCCAAAUCGUGCCGUAUUGGUUGAACGCUUUGGUCUAUACGAUAUCGUCGUGAAGCUGAGCAAGGAGGAUGGAGCUGUUCUUGUACGAGAAUUGGCUAGGGAGAUCGUCCCGAGUCUCGCUCCUGCCCUCAAGCCAGUCUCCAGUAGACUCGGCAAGGGUCAAGAAACACCCAAUCGCGCCAUAGCUCCGAAGAAGAAAAUUCGCAGGGCGGCGUCCGAGUCGCAGGCAGGUAGUCAAACACCGAUUACCGGUCUGCCUGGCCUUAGUGGACAACGUAUCACUCGGGGUUCUGCAUUGGGGAAGCAGAAGUUGGAUGAUAUCCCAUGGCAACCUGGAGAGCGAAAGGGAUGAGCUUUCGGUUGAUACUGGUCCUUUGUAUGAUUAUGUUGGAAUGGUCCCCGAUGACCUUGUUACUUUCCUUUUACUGGUGUUUUACUCUGCACUUCCUCACAUUCACUUUUUGGGCUCUCCUCGCAUACUUCUUUUGCAUACAUUCGUUCAUCGCAUCGCAUCACUAUCCCUGUCAUCUUUUCAUCUGCAUUGAUAUCCACGUAUAAACGUUAUUUGGGCACCAUUAAUGUUAUCGGCUUCAUUCAUAAUGGUUGAUUCAGCUCUAGCUGUGCUAGUACAUUAUUUGGGUUGUUGUUGGCUUGACUCUAUUCUGUAGGACUCUACGUUGAGUCCCGUUCGACCUAACACGUAGUAGAUACAGACAAACGAGUAUAAUACAUAAAUUUCUACAGUUGCAUAGUUACAAUGCUGUUAGUACGUGCUCGACCUUUCUCCAAUACAGUGGAGACGCGGUCCUUAUAGUAAACUUCGUCUGUGCGAGUUG